CAAAGAGAGCCUAAUUAAUGCUUCGCUGAAUUGCUUUGUCCUGCAAUGGUGCCUUAUAUUCUUGUGGUCCUAUUAACUGUCCAGAGAACUCGACCAAGAUCAAGACUUGAUAUGAUUAUGCGCAAAAUAUUCCAUUCGUUCUCUCUCCCACCCAGACGCCUGAAAGAGACAAAAGCCAGUCAAUUACCGCAAAACGACACUCAAGGGAGGUCCAACUCCCUCAAUCGGAGAUCCCCAAAUCCACCCGAGGCUAGCAAACUUCUAAACACAAACGCAAACACACACACACACACACACACACACACACACACACAACACCCCUGCCAGACCAAGACAGCAAUACCUUAGGCAAGCCAAAGCAGGGUCCAACAAAACAAACAAACGUCUUGUCGACGAUAACAUGCACUCGGACUACCUCGACCAUUACCACCGUCACCACCACCAUCGAUACCACCAGUACUACGCCAGCGCACACCGACAUCACCACAACGGAGGCAACAACAACUCGAACCCUCCCCAGAACCAGGGCGCCACCACCACCGCCGCCGCCGCCGCCGCCGCCGGUGCCGCCCGCACCAACCUGCAGCUGGCCCUCCUGGGCUCCGUCGCAGCCGCCGUCCUGCGCCGCCCGGACCUGGCCCUGCUACUGCUGCACGGACUGGCCCGGCCGCUGGUGCGCGCCGCCGCCGCCGCUGCCGGGGGGGCCCGGGACCCGCACCCGCACCUUCGCCUGGCGGGCUUGUUACCGUCCUGGCUGGUGCCCGAGGCGCUGCGGCCGCUGCGGCACGGCCUGCCGCCGUCGUCGCCCUUCCGGGCGGCGCUGCACGCGCUGCGCUGGGAAGUGCGCCGCAACCGGGAGGCGCUGUGCUGGGCCGGGUGGGCCUUCGCUGGCCUCCUGCUCGCCUCGUCGGCCGGCCUGGUCCCUGCCGCGGCUGCGCGCGCCGUCGUCGGCUGGGCCGUGCCCCUGCUGCGCGCCGCCGCCGAGCUGUACGGCCACCUGCUGCUCACUUGCCUCGGGGUCACCUGGGCCGUCACGGCCGUGCGGGUGGCCGGGGACGUGCUGCUGUUCGCUGUUUGGUUGGUUCUCCAGACAGCGAGGGAGCUGGUGGUGCAGUGGGCCGGCUUCGUGAGGAGGCGUUGGGCGGUGAUCUUUGCCGGGCUCGCCUGUUGGGGCCUCUGGGAGUGGCUGUCAAAUCUCGACUAUGACGUGCUCUGGGUAGAGGCGGCCCAUUGGUUCCUGCUGACCUGCGCCGAGUUGGUGUAUCUGUCUGGGGAUGUGGUGAGGGACAUGGCUAAGAGUAUCGAGUUCGAUUUUGUGUGAGAUUCCAUGAGCAGCGGCGUGGAAUCGGACU